AUGUCAGAAAAGCUGGGUGGUUAUCCAGAAAAGUUAUUGUGUCCAUGCAAAGUUUGUCGAAACUUAAGUCACCAAUGUAUUAACAUUUUGUAUGAACACUUAGUCAUUUAUGGGAUUGAUCCAACAUACAAAAUCUGGUUUCAUCAUGGGGAAGAAUUAUCAAGAGAUGAUGAUGUAGAGACAAUGGAAACCUUUGAUUCUUACAACUUGUUUAGGGCUACAAAUAUUGAUGGUUGCGAUUUUGAAAGUCAUCUAGAAGGUCAUGAUGACACUUUUAUGGAAAAAAUAGAAGAUGCAGACACUCCAUUAUAUCCACAAUGCACUAAAUAUACUAAGUUAUCGUCAAUUGUUGCAUUGUAUAAGCUUAAAACUACCAAUGGAUGGUGUAACAAAAGUUUUGAUGAAUUGUUAAGACUUUUGAAUGAUAUGCUUCCUUUAGAUAAUAUGAUCCCCAAGUCUAUGUACGAGGUUCGAAAAUUUCUUCGAUUAUUUGACUUAGGAUAUGAAAAGAUUCAUGCGUGUGUUAAUGAUUGUUGUUUGUUUAGAAAAGAUAAAGAAAACUUGCAAGAAUGUCCAACAUGUGGAACUUCACGUUGGAUGUCAGAUAAGCUGACUAAAAAGGUUCGACAUGGUGUCCCAGCAAAAUUUUUAAGUUGUCCCCUAUGUGGUUAUGGUACUCAUUCAGAGUGGCUAAAACAUAGUGGGAAGUUUUCAUAUCGAGGUCAUCGGAAAUUUCUUAAAGAAGACCAUCCAUUUCGGAGUAAAAGAAGUUGGUUUGAUGGAGAAGAAGAGCAUGGAAAUCUGCCAAGAAUCAUGAAUGGGACUACAAUUGCUGAACACUUUAAAGAUUUUGUGAAUGAAUUGUAUGUUCAUCACAAUUUGGAUGUGAUGCACAUAGAGAAAAAUGUUUGUGAAAGCAUGUGUAAUACAUUGCUAGAUGUUGCUGAAAAAAGUAAAGAUGGACUAAAAGCUCGCUUGGAUUUGCAACAUAUGGGUAUUAGGAGUGCAUUACACCCACAAGAGAAGGGGACUAGAACCUAUCUUCCUGCAGCUUUACAUACACUAUCAAAGCUUGAGAAAGAAUUAUUUUGUAAAAGGAUGUUCUCAUUGAAAGUACCUGAUGGAUAUAGCUCAAAUAUUCGAAAUUGUGUUUCAAUUUUACGUGAACAUUCUAUUAAUGAUGAGAAAGUGAUUAAUAGACACAUGAAGUUAUUGAAAGAUUAUGUCAGAAAUCGAGCAAGGCCUGAAGGUUGUAUUGCAGAGUGUUAUCUUGUAGAUGAGUGUGUGAGCUUUUGUAAUGAAUUCACUGACCAUUCAAUUGAACUAAACAUAAAAGAAGGUCGAAAUGAAGAGUGA